AUGGCUCCUCUUGCCUUGCCCCCCAAUACCAGUCAGGAAACGUUUACACGUUUUCUAGAUGAAGUUUCCAAGGCCGUUGGCGAGGAGAACAUCAGAGUGGUGCAAAAGCUAGAAGAGCUCCAGGAUGGAUCGUACCUCGAACAGCCUCGUACCCAUGACCCUCAUCAUAUCGUUGAUCAAGAUUACUUCGUGGCUUCGGCUGUGAUUUGCCCGCGCUCUGUGCCGGAUCUUCAGGCUAUCGUCCGCAUUGCCAGCGAGUUCCAAAUUCCUCUUUGGCCUACAUCGAUAGGUCGCAACUCCGGUUAUGGCGGCGCUGCUCCUAGGUUGCGUGGAAGUGUCGUUCUUGAUCUUGGAAGGCAUAUGAAUCGAGUCCUUGAGGUCAAUGUCGAUGGAGCCUAUGCUAUUGUGGAGCCUGGUGUUACUUUCGCCGACCUUCACCAGUACCUGGUCGAUAACAAUUUGAGAGAUAAGCUCUGGGUUGAUGUGGUGGCUCGGUUCUUGGAAACACGAUCGAGAGAGGAGUGGGGUAUACACCUUACGGAGGCAGGUCAUACACCCAUUUUAGGUGGGAAUGUUGAAAUGCUGACUUUUUCAGACCACUGGAUGAUGCACUGCGGAAUGGAGGUCGUGCUACCUAGUGGUGAACUGAUGCGGACUGGUAUGGGCGCAAUGCCACAGCCAAAGAAGCCCGGGGAACCAGCCGUUCCAUUACAUGAGGACCCUGGUAACAAAUGCUGGCAACUGUUCCCAUAUGGCUUUGGCCCAUACAACGAUGGGCUAUUCUCCCAAAGUAAUUUGGGCAUAGUAACAAAGAUGGGAAUAUGGCUCAUGCCAAACCCCGGUGGAUAUCAAUCUUAUCUCAUCACAUUUCCAAGAGACGAGGAUCUUCAUCAAGCUGUUGACAUUAUUCGGCCUCUCAGACUCCAAAUGAUUCUUCAGAAUGUCCCGACAAUUCGCCAUAUUCUUUUGGAUGCCGGUGUCCUGGGAACAAAGGCAGACUACACAUCGAAAACAGGGCCCCUCGACGAUGAUGAUCUUGAUGCGAUUGCCAAGCGCCUGAAUCUCGGGCGAUGGAACUUCUAUGGCGCCUUGUAUGGCCCCGAGGGAACUCGGAAUGCUCUUUGGGGUAUUAUCAAAGGCGCUUUUUCGGCCAUCAAGGGAGCGAAAUUCUACUUUCCGGAUGAUAUCAAGGAGAACUGUGUGCUGCAUACCAGAGACAAAACCCUCCAGGGAAUCCCAACCUUCGAUGAGCUGAAGUGGAUUGACUGGCUGCCUAAUGGUGCCCAUUUAUUCUUCUCGCCUAUCAGCAAGGUUUCUGGCGAGGAUGCAAUGCUGCAGUAUUCUGUUACAAAGAAACGCGUCAGGGAAGCAGGGCUGGACUUCAUUGGGACCUUUAGUGUUGGUCUGAGAGAGAUGCACCAUAUUGUAUGCAUUGUGUUUGAUCGCAAAGACCCCGAUUCAAAGAAAAGAGCUCACUGGCUCAUCAAGAUAUUGAUCGAGGAUUGCGCAGCUCAUGGCUGGGGUGAGUAUCGCACUCAUCUGGCACUGAUGGACCAGAUUGCGGAAACGUACAACUGGAAUGAAAAUAUCCUCAUGCGAUUCAACGAAGCCAUCAAAAAUACCCUUGACCCCAAGGGAAUUAUUGCUCCAGGCAAGAAUGGGGUUUGGCCGACAACCUACCCAAAGAGUUUGUACAAGUUGUGA